AGGGGGCGGGGGCGCGGGAGGCGGGGCCGCCGUCGCCGUCAGGGCCCCAGGGAGCGCGGGGCGCUGCUGCCGCCGCCGCUGCACGGCUCGGUUCCGUCUCCUGGGCAGCGCCGGGCCAGCGGCCGCGGCAGCGGAGGAGCGGUCCCCGGAGCCGCGCUCCGCCGAGAGUUGGGCAGGGGAGCGCCCGCGCCUCCGCGGCGUCAUGGGCCCCCUCCCCGGGCCUCAGCGGGCACCAGUCGCGGGAACCCCCGGGCCUCCUCGCGCCCGAGCUUGAGCGACCCCCGGGUUCUCCGGCGCCCCCUCCUUUGCCGUAUUUUUGCCUCCUCUGGCCACCGCUACCGCUUCUGCUCUCCGUUAUGGCAACAGAGCCGCCAUCCCCCCUCCGGCUCGAGGCUCCCGGCCCCCCAGAAAUGCGGACCCCACCGGCGAGCGAGGCCACCCCCGAGGGCACCCCGCAGCCGGCGGGGAGCAGGCUCCGCUUCCUCAACGGCUGCGUGCCCCUCUCGCAUCAGGUGGCCGGGCACAUGUACGGGAAGGACAAAGUGGGUAUCCUGCAACAUCCAGACGGCACAGUUUUGAAACAAUUACAGCCACCUCCAAGGGGCCCAAGAGAGCUGGAAUUCUAUAAUAUGGUAAGUCAGGUUUAUGCUGCUGAUUGUGCUGAUGGUGUUCUUCUAGAGCUACGAAAAUAUUUGCCAAAAUAUUAUGGCAUCUGGUCACCUCCCACUGCACCAAAUGAUUUAUACCUAAAACUGGAAGAUGUGACUCAUAAAUUUAAUAAGCCCUGUAUAAUGGAUGUAAAGAUAGGGCGAAAAAGCUAUGAUCCUUUUGCCUCAUCUGAGAAGAUUCAGCAACAGGUCAGCAAGUACCCAUUAAUGGAAGAGAUUGGGUUCUUGGUGCUUGGCAUGAGGGUUUAUCAUGUUCAUACUGAUAGUUACGAGACACAAAACCAGCACUAUGGAAGAAGCUUAACAAAAGAAACUAUAAAGGAUGGUGUCUCCAGGUUUUUUCAUAAUGGGUUCUCCCUAAGAAAAGAUGCUAUUGCUGCCAGUAUUCAGAAAAUUAAGAAAAUUCUGCAGUGGUUUGAAAGCCAGGAGCAGCUUAACUUCUACGCAAGUUCAUUACUGUUUGUUUAUGAAGGUUCAUCUCAGCCAACCACUACAAAAUCGCAUGACAGAACUUUGGCAGAAAAGUUUUUGUCCAAAGGACAACUGUCAGAGACAGAAGUACUGGAAUACAAUAAUAACUUUCAUGUGUUAAGUUCCACAGCAAAUGGAAAAAUAGAAGCUUCAGUAGGCAAAAGCUUGUCCAAGAUGUAUGCUCGUCACAGAAGAAUGUAUUCAAAAAAGCAUCACAGUCAGACUUCAUUGAAAGUUGAAAAUAUGGAGCACGACAAUGGGUGGAAAAGCAUGUCACAGGAACAUUUAAAUGGAAAUGUACUUUCCCAACUGGAAAAAGUUUUCUACCAUCUUCCCACUGAUUGCCAAGAGAUUGCAGAAGUAGAAGUGCGAAUGAUCGAUUUUGCGCAUGUGUUCCCUAGCAACACAAUAGAUGAGGGAUAUGUGUAUGGGCUAAAGCAUUUAAUUACUGUACUUCAAAGUAUUUUAGACAAUUGAAUCCUUUGCAGUCUUUUUAAGGGGUGGGCCAGUCAUAAUGAAGAGCAGCAGUCAAUAUCUCUGUACCUGUAAUGCUAUGUACAAAAUUUGUAUGGUGAGUCAACAUUUUAUUUGUCUUUAUACUUUUGAAAGAAAGGUUAACUUUUUUAUAAUCUUACUCAGGAAAACUAAUUAUUUGUUCAGUAGAAGACUAUGAAGAAUAAAGAAACUUAAGAAUGUUAAGCAGGGAUGUGGUGGUACUUGGCUUACACAUUUAAUUUGACUCAAGCAAAACGCAAACCAUUAUUUAGUCAUUAAGAGUUUAGUUAGCUUUUUGUAGCCAAUUUAUCAUGAAAUCUCUGUCCACCCAACCUUGAGAAUGAGCCAUAUCUAAACAAUUGCUAAACUGUUAGAACACCAACAGAAAUCUAGAAAGCACAGGUUGAUGUCUGUUAUUGCUAUGUAUGAAGUUAUUAAAACUGGAGAAAAUUCUACUUCAGAAAUAAGUACUGUUUAGGUUUUGCAUUAAAAGUUCAGACCAGCAUAUCAAAAGGUGCUUCUUAGUGAAAUGAUUUAAAAUGUUGCAUUCUAAAAGCAGGUUUUCCCUUUAAUUUUCAUUUUUAUAUAUAUUUCAAAAUAUUAUACUUCAUGAAAAAGAUAAUUGACAUAAACAAAAACAACAGCAAAAAUCUUAAAAUUAAGGGCACUAAUUAUUCUCACCAGGGUUAGGAGAAGAAAGAAGUUAUUUGUAAGAAACAAAAUACUUUUCUUUUAAAAUCUUUCAUUUGUGAGAAAAUCAGAAUAUGUAUUUACUACAUUGUGAACACUGGCAUAAACUGUAUAAUACCUUUUUCUCUAACUGCAUCAUCAAAAAGGUGUAUGAUUGAAGCUUUGUUUAUUUUUUUUAACUUUUAUGUCCCCUUUUAAACAGUAGUAUAAAAUGUACAUUGCUAAAAAUAGUGUUUCUCAAAAUUUUCUAAAAUCAGUGGAAGACAGCAUCCAAUCAUGUGUUAUCAAAAGUACUAUGUGUAAAUUAGUGCAUCAUAUAGGGUUUGGUAUGUAUCUAAAUCCACCCUUCUAUUUCACUCUUGUUCAAAACAGGUUUAUAUCGUAUUCAACAGAGAAAUUAUAAUGUAUUUCAUGGGGGCAAGGGGAAUGUUACUUUUUCUGGAAAAAUUAGAUUUGUAAGUUUUAUCUUUGUUUCAUACCCACCACUUUUUAAAAAGUAACUAGUUAUUUGUCAUUGAAAACAUUUAAAACUUUGAAAAUGAAUUUUCAAAUACAUUUGAUGUUAAUGCUGUCACUACUUGCACUUCAAUUCACUCAUAUGUCUAAGUAGUUUAGCAGUUAUGCCAUUGUCCUGGAAAAUGUUUUAGAAUUGUGAAUUAUCAGACUUUUUUCCUCUUCUUUUCCUUCUAGAGUUACAAAUUAAACUUCUGAAUCCAGUUGCCUUUGUUGUGGUAUGGAGAAAAAUAUUGUAUUUUAUGUUUAUCUUACCUUCCCAGCUCUGUUUGGGAGUACUUUACAACUACCUGAGUCCAAACAAAUGUACCAGAUGCUUUGCGAAUUCUAUGCUUAGUAAAUCAGUUAAACCAGAAUAACUUUAAAAAUUUUAUGCAUUUUAUUCAUAGCAAAGUUUGAUUGCUUUUAAGUUUUCAUUUACAAUCAGUGUAAGAAUUUUUCAUAAAGAAUUCAUAUUUUUUUCCACUGUCUAAAUGGGAAUUGGCUACAGGUUUUUUUGGGUGAGAGUGGGAAUGAAUUUCAAGUCAUGAUUGACAGAAAAAAAUUUUUAGUUUUACUUUUUUUUCUCUUACAAGUUGGACUUUUGUUAUUUGGAUAGUGGUUCAAUAAAUCUUAAGGUCAGAUAAUUUAACACUAGUUUGAAUCUUAACAAGACAGGAGUCUUUUUUGUAUGAGAUGGUAUCAGCCUAUGUACAAUGAAUUUAAUAAACAAGUAUUAUCAGAUUUUUUUGCACAUUUUAGCUCAAUAAAGUCUGAAUUAACUGUUCCAGAUUUUCUUUAUCUGUAUUUGGAAAUAAUAGUUUUGUAAAAUCAGUAUCUUUUUGAUACAAUAGAUCAUACUUUGUUUUGUUUUAAUAAAACAAGAAGCGCUUUUUAUCUUUUGUUUUUCAGGGAAGGGAUUAACAUUUAAUUCUGUGUUUACAUUUUUUAUCACUGUUAUUCAAUGCUCAUUUUAUGUUACUUUAUAACUAAGUUUACAUGUAACAGAAUAAGUAUCUGUUUAUGUAAUCUACAUGUGAGUGUUUAAGUGUAUAGUCCAGUCAUUUAAGAUUAUGUUGAAAUUUACCACUGCGGGGAUGAAUGAUCACUAUUCACGAAGCAUAGUUAAACAGGUAAAUAUUUAAGAAAUAAGCAUAGUAAGGAUAUAGUUUGGGUUAAUAGGAUUAUCUUAGUAAUGUUUUUAGAGUAUUUCUUAUGAAAUACACUCAUUUAAAAAGGACUUUAAAAAAAAAAAAGGACUUUAAGAAAUUGUGGAUGUGAAUAAUACAUUUCUCUAAUAAAAAUUUAAAUUGUAUAAUAGUUUUAUAAUAAAGUAUUUACAUUGAUAUUUUAAUAUGGAUGGAAGUUGCAUAGAUUCAAAUAAAUUAAAAUCAAUGAUAAAUGCUAAAUAUUUUAUCUAAAUAGUUUUUCAAGAAACAAGUUAUGAAAAUGUGUAUAUUAAAUGGCUCUAACGUGGAGCUUGUGGUAUUUCAACUCAGUAUUUGUUUUAUGUGUCUGGAGAGAUUGUACUUACUUUGCCUCUUUACACUACAAUUGGCUAUUUUGGGGCUCUAGAUUAUGUUCAA